AUGGCAGAGCCUGCCAUCUUUAGGCUUCCAGAUCCUGGGGACGGUGAGCUUGAGGACAGAGAGUCCGAGUCAGAGGCCGAGGAAGCUCCCACGUCUGCAGGUGCCCUGCGGAAUCGUCGAUAUAGGGCCAAAUGUCGAAAUGCUUCCCGUGCAGAGGUUUUGUUUCUGUAUGUGAAAACCUGUGGCGACGAAUCAGAAUCUCUGGGCACCGCUGCUGCAGGGAAUUAUUUGUUGUGUGUUGCUGAGCUUGGGGAAAAAUGCAUCAAGCCGCUGGGUGCCCAAGAGCACUUGCAGCAGCAAGAUACUUGGCGAGCUCGGCAUCAGAAACGUCGCGAUCGAGAUUUCGCCGCUAAGCAGAUGUCCCUCCAGAACCAGACAACCCGAAACCAGAUGUUCAAGUGCUGUUUGAAGUCUCUUUUUCGUUUCAGGGCAGCUGUCCAGUUGGGGCCUGCCCAGGCUGCAGUGGCAGGUGCCUUGUGCCGGGCACCUGCAGCUGCUAACCAGGGUGCGGUGACUCCUGUUCCUGCGAUGCCCGCCUUGGCUGGCAGGUUGGCGGUUUUGCCUGCAGGGCAAGCGCAAUGGGUUUUUCAAGCUGCUGCGCCAAGCGUCAUCUUCGAAGCCGUUGCAGAUCGCCAGGGCCUUUACACUUGCUUUGCAGACGGACAGGCGGCGGAGCCUGAAGUAGGCACUGCGAGGCGUUACCUAGGGCGUCCUUUCUGGAUGGUUCGCUUGCCACCAACUGUCAUGAAGCAUUUGAUGGAGAUAGGCAAGGAGUUCGUGGUUCCUGGUGGGCUUGUGACUUCUUUGGGGCACCAGUUGCCCGGAACCGUUCCUGCUGCGGCAGAAGGAAGCCCCAGUGAUGGUGCCGACAGUGGUUCCUCUUCCUCCUGCGAGAUGAAGAAAGUGCGCAGGCCGGCCAUGCAAGAAAUCCUGUUGGGAAAGCUCGCUUACAAGCUCAGCUUAACGGUAGGCAUUCAAGAUGUGGUUCGCACCGUCCUUCGAAUGUUAGUGCCAGAUAGUUUAGGUCUGGCAGACAACAUGAAAGUGUCGCAUGGGCAUGUGCGGAAUAUCUUGCUAAAGCUUGAUGCCUUGCAUUCCUUGUUUCGCCGGUUCCUUGCCCCACCAGGUGGUGGGGCAGACAAGUCGCUGCGAAUUGUCAGGUACAUCAGUCCUGACAGUUCCCCGCAAGCGAAUUAUGAUUAUUUUUGUGCGACAGAAGAGUUGCUGCUCUAUCGUUCCGACGAGCUUCCAAGGGAUGCGGGUGGAAAUGUCCAGAGUAUUGUGGGCGCUCAAGCUUUGGCGAGCGAGGCAAUACAGGAGGAUUUUCGUGAAUUGCCGCUCUUUCAUUCCGCUCUACACAUACCGGGUGGGAUUCGCUCGCAAGAGUGCCCCACCUUCAAGAAAUAUUGGAACCCAGCUGUUUUUGGUGGGGACAGCUCGUCAGUCACAAUUCGAGCUGUGACGGAAGCGUUGGCAGACGAGUGCCAUUUCGACAUGGCAGUGUGGACGCAUCAGUUCUCUGCCGAGGCCACCAGGCUGGCCCACUUUUUCGAGGGUUGUCACUGCCAUCAGGAGCAGCUGACAGACCCAGAAAACCGGGAAAAGAUAAACUGUUGUUGGAAAGGCAGGCGCUUGCCUUGGCUUGCGGUUGGUAAUCUCCAGGGAGCUUUGCAAGAUGCCAUGACAAACAACGAGAUUAGUGUUCUUGCGCAUCUCUUGUCUCGUUCUAGUGAAACUGCAAGUCGGAUGGCGCACAUGGCGGACACGUGCAACAAAGUAUUUGUUGCCGUUAUCCAGCAAAAGCUUGCGUAUGCUCAGCAAGUACCAUGGGUGUUUGCCGCAGCGUUUGCGGGGUAUAUGGGCGAGACUUGGGGCCGAGUGAAAAAGGUUCUUCGGCCACAUCUUCAGAACGUUGACAACAUGAUCUCCAGUGGCCAAGUCGGCGCUCUAGACUCUGUUACACAUGCUUUGUUUGGACCAACCGACACAGGCCGCAUGCUCCGAGAGUUUCUGAACUCGGAGGAUGACGUGCCCCUUGAUCGAUGGCCAGCGUUGUUUUGGAGAGUACAGGAAUAUGCCUUUGUUUCUUUGUCCGAGCGACACACGGAGAGAGAGCAUGUCGGUGUCAAGGUUGCAGCAAACCGUGGUCUCACAAAGGCUGGGCCUGCAGUUGUCUGCAGCCGCAAGCGCAGAGAUCAAGUGUUGGAGAUGCUGGAAGAUGAGAAACAGCUCGCUUUCUUGGUCAACAAUUGGCGCAGCAGGCGCCUUUGGAGUAGCCUGCUGGAGCACAUGCUCACUCACGAAGAGGUUCGACUUAUGGAGACGCCAAAGAGGCUUUCCCGCUUGUACGGGUAUAGCGAGGAAGACCACUUCAAAGAUUGCGAGGACUCUGUUCGUGCUGAUGCCGUUUACCGCCAAACUUUGAGAGAUCAGACUUUGUUACUGGCCGGAAGCUUCAAGCUUCCGAGUGCUUCCCACCAGGUAGUGAACUGGCUGAAAGGCCAUUUGGCGACGGGCGUGUUUUUCAGUGUGUCCACGCAUGUCUUUGAGCUACUUGUCGACAGGGGUCGGAGAUGUGAAGACCCAGCCGCAUCCUUCAGAACCGACGUGCUGCUGUCUAUUCUGCGAGCCGACGUCCACCCUCGGGUAAGUGAUCGUGCUUCGGUUUUCUGCUCGGUGCUGGAUGCCAGGCCAGAAGCAAGAACGGAUGCUCGUGUUUCGCGACCUGCUGCACACAUCACAGACCCGAAGCUAGGCCGCCGCAGCUGUGUGGUUGUGCAGCGUUUCCACGACGUGGAUGUUUCCCAGGGCGUGCACGGCCUUGGUGGAGAUGUGCGGGUGGCGUGCACGAAUGUGCGGAUCGAGGUUCUCGACUUGGCACGGGUGUGCACAGCAGAGAACUUGAAAGCCUUUUGUGCAAACUGUUUGCUCUGGCGUGCUAUGCCUGCGGAACUGGCCUUGGCUCUGGGAGACGAGUCCACGCAGCCAGGUUUGCUGCAGGAGCCGCAAGUGCAGAAACUUCCAGAGAUUGUCUUAGACAGCGAUCCUGCCUGCUUGUUGAGUCGACCGCCUCCGGAUCCGCAUGUGGAAGAUGCCCUCGACAUCCUGCACCCCCCUGCCCAUGUCGUGCAGAAUGCGGACGACUCUGCGGUGCUGCAGGUCUACGGUGCUCCGUGUAGCGACCGAGAAAUGCAAGCUAUCAAAGAGUUGCUGCGAGCAAGGGCCAUCGGCAUUGAAUCUGCUGUGUAUGCCACAGACCUUGAACACUUCGAUGCUGUUGCACUGGAAGGCUUGCGUGACCGAGGUCUUGUCAUCUGCGAGACUGAUAUGUUCUCAGAUGUAUCCGUCGCCUUGACGGGCAAGUUGACCUACAGUGCAAGCUUGGUGCUGGCACGGCCAUUGUUGCUUUGGGAGCUUGACCAAACGACUUUGACUCGAGGCCAGAUGCCAGGCCGAUCAAAGUUGGAGUUAAUUCGUUUGUUGUUUGUCUUGGGCUGGGAGCCAGGGCUGGGCCGGGAAGCGUGGCAUCGCAAGCAGGGAGAGAAACGUCUUCCAGAUGACGUUCUAGUUUGCAGCCUCCCCUUCCUCAGAGCUUUGAUGCUGAGUCGGCUUAUAUGGGAAAAGCCCGGCAACUUGUCGGGCAUUUACUUGAAAGGCCCCCAGCAGGAUUAUGAGUUCUUGGUGGAUCAGGACGAUCUCAGCAGCUUGCGGGAUGCUUCUGCAGAGGAAAUCAAUGCUCGGUUCGCGCAGAAGAAAAAAAGACCUGCUGGCCGCAGCUUGACAAGAGAUGCGGCUACAGGUCUGGAGCUUGACCCAGAGGCUGAUGAUGCCGAGUUAGAAGAGCUUGUGCAAGAGCUGCCUGAAAAGCUCAUGCAAGCAGAAGAGCCGCAGCCAAGCAUGGCCAGCGGUGGUAGACGUGUCGCUCCUCUAGAAAUCGACUUGGGAGGCGGUAGGACACAGGUAGUGCAUUUUGACAAUUUCACACACUCCAGCGGUCAGCUCCGAGCAUUCGUUGCUUGCGAGACACACAGCGGCUGCCGCUUGUACACGUUUGUACGGCAUCAUGGCAGCCGCAGGCGGGCUGCUGCCUUUUUGCUUGCUUGGCAAAUGCGAGGAGCUCACCACCGCAGAGCUGAAGCUCACAUUGCGGACAAGCCAAGUGAAGAGCAGGUGGAUGCCAUGAUGCUCCGGAUCGCUUGA